AUGAGCGCUGUGAGGAAGUUUGGAGAGAAGGCAGUGCAGACCGGGUAUCACUCAGUCAUCAAAGAUGCUGAACAGUAUGCCUCAGAGCUACAAUUAACUGAGACUUUACAGCAUCCUAACCCAAGGGUUACUACAGAAGAGGGCGACGAAAUAGGAGGAAAAAGGCUUAAGGACACUCUUGCCAAGGCACAACAAAAAGCUUAUUGUGGCAUACUGGGAGAAGAGAAAUGGCAAGGGAAACUGACUAAAAAUAGAUGGGAGGACUCGGCCCAUGACAGUGAAGGGCGUUUUGCAUGGAUGAAUAGCUGGAGAUCGGUGCCAACCCAUACCAUAGCAACCAUGCAGGAACUGAACCAACAGAUGUCACCAACCAAAUUAUACCACCAAAGGAAAACUGGAAAAGGGAGUGGAACUUCAAAUGUCAUGUGCCGAAAGUGUGGUAAAUCGCCGGAAAGUAUGCCGCACGUAUUGGCAGGGUGUGGGACACUCGCUUAGACUGAGUAUCUCUUUGAGAUGCUGAAGGACCUGGAACUUAUUUCAGAAGUGCCUCCAAGGCAUUCAAAGAUCCAACCCAAACCGUUGUAUGA